AUGGCCGCCGCUAGGAUCGCCGCCCGCAACGCCGCCGCCCGCACCGACUUCGCCUUGGCGUUCGCGGACGAGCCCGCGCCGCCGGAGACGCUGGACGUGGUGUGCCGGCAGCGCCAGCUCCUGCGCCGCGCCGCCGCGCUCUGCCUCGACCCCAUCGCCGAGGAGACAGACGGCGGCGUCGACUCUUCUGCCUCUUCCGACGGCCGGAGCCGGAGCCAGAGCACCACCUCCGCACUGCCGGUGCCGGCCCUGAGGAUCUGA